UGUACGUCAUCUGAUUCUUCUGCAUUUGUUUGGCUGCCAAUACUGUCAAUCAACACACGACAUGGCCGACAUUAAAGUGCAGUGAAGCUGGUGGUAGGACCGAAGCAGCAAGGAUUCAAUAAGACAACCAAACAGGCUGCGUCUGCAGCCUGGAGAGCUGUGAGGGAAUGAUGCCGUCUCCAUCUUUUUCCCUUGAUGCCCAGCUGCGCUUCCAUGACAAAUGGCUAAAGAUAGACUUGCAGCGAGCCUUCUCUCCAGAAGGACUGAGCGAGAUGUGGAACGAGAUGGUGAAGGAUGAAGAAAUUGUCUUUGACAGAGAAGAGUCUGCCCAUCCAGAGGACUGUGCCGAUUGCACACAAAAGAAAGAUGAUACAAACGAUAAGGAAAAGAAGGAAGAGGAGGAGGCAGUGGCGGCUUCAUCUUUCCAUCACUCCAUCAUUGAGAUGUGGGACUGGGGGAGGCAGCCAGAACCGGGAGAACUAAAGGACUGUCUGAUGGCGCUGGUAGACGACCAACAGAAGCUGUCUUCGCAGACAGCUAAGAGUACACUCUCCUCCCUGCGCCUGAGCCAGAGACUGGUGAUCCUGGAGCGCUACCUCAUCUCACUCACCCACAGCAUGAUGGAGGAAAAGUACAAAGUGCGCUGGAAGAGUCCCCCCAGCCCUCCGCUCUCUGCCAUCGAUAAUAAAAGCACUCGGCCAGUCAGUAAAGGAGUGGAGGGUUUGGCCAGGGUGGGAUCAAGAGCAGCGCUUUCCUUUGCCUUUGCCUUUCUCCGCCGAGCCUGGAGAUCAGGUGAUGAUGCAGACCUGUGCAGUGAGUUACUGCAGGAGUCUCUGGACGCUCUCCGGGCUCUCCCAGAAGCCACUCUGUUUGAUGAGGGCACUGUGUCGUCCGUCUGGCUGGAGGUCGUCGAGAGGGCUACCAAAUUCCUCAGUGACAUCCAUGGAAGUGCCAGUGGAAAAGCAGCCAGUGACAUUCCCCUGCAGGAUCAGCACUUGGCCCUGGCCAUCCUGCUGGAGCUCGCAGUGCAGCGAGGAACUCUCAGUCAGCUGCUGUCUGCGGUUCUGCUGCUUCUGAGGCUCUGGGACAGUGGAACCAGAGAGAUGGAUAAUGAGCGCUCGACCCAAGGCACGAGCGCCCCUUUACUGCCCCUCCUGCAGCGCUUCCAGAACAUCCACAGCAGUAAGGAGGAGCCUGUUCCCGAAGAGGAGAUCGAGAUCCUUUCGGCCCCUCUGAGCCCAAACGAGAGCUUUCUGCGCUACCUUACACUGCCUCAAGAUAAUGACCUGGCCAUUGAUCUGCGGCAGACAGCUGUAGUCGUCAUGGCACACUUGGACCGCCUGGCAGCCCCGUGCAGCCCCCCGCAGUGCAGCUCACCCACUUCUAAUAAGGGUACACUGCAGGAGGUGAUCGGUUGGGGUCUGCUUGGAUGGAAGCCUUAUGCUAAUGUGAAUGGACCAAUUCAGUGCAAAGCACUGUCGAACCUGGGCGUCACACAGAUUGUCUGCUCAGAGAAGGGUUUCUUCAUUCUGACCAUCACUGGUGCUGUCUACACACAAAAUUACAAAAGCACCACUCUAGGUCCUAUGCUAGUCCACGCAUUGUCAUCUAGGAAAAUAAUGAAGCUUGCAGCUCAUCCUGAUGGGCAGCACUACUUGGCUCUUUCAGUUAAUGGGGAGGUGUUCUCCUGGGGUUGUGGAGAUGGAGGCAGACUGGGACAUGGAGACACCACGUAUUUAGAGGAACCCACCAUGAUUGCAGUAUUCACAGGGAGGCCGACGGGGAAGCAAGUCAUGCAAAUUGCAUGUGGCAGCACGUACAGUGCAGCGAUCACCGCAGAUGGAGAGCUGUAUACAUGGGGCCGGGGAAACUACGGCAGGCUGGGCCAUGGCUCCAGUGAGGACCAGACAACUCCCAUGCUGGUAACCGCUUUAAAGGGGCUUAAGGUGAUUGAUGUGGCUUGUGGAAGUGGAGAUGCUCAGACCCUUGCUGUGACUGAGAAUGGUCAGGUAUGGUCAUGGGGUGAUGGGGACUACGGUAAACUCGGCCGUGGGGGUAGCGAUGGAUGUAAAACGCCAAAACUUGUGGAGAAGCUGCAGGAUUUGGAUAUUUUGAAGGUGUGCUGCGGGAGCCAGUUCUCUUUAGCUCUUACUAAAGAUGGACAGGUCUACACCUGGGGCAAAGGAGACAAUCAAAGACUCGGCCACGGCACUGAUGAACAUGUCCGCUAUCCCAAACUGCUUGACAGUCUACAAGGUAAGAGGGUGGUGGAUGUAGCGGUUGGCUCUACACACUGCCUGGCCCUCACUGAAGAAGGGGAGGUGCACAGCUGGGGAAGUAAUGAUAAACUACAGCACUUUGACACGCUCUUCUCAAAUAAGAAGCAACCUAAAGCCCUGCCGGGGCUCAACUCCAAACACAUAGUGGGCAUCUCCUGCGGCCCUGGCCAGAGUUUUGCAUGGUCGUCAUGCUCUGAGUGGUCCGUGGGGCUCCGCGUACCAUUUGUGGUGGACGUAUGCACUAUGACAUUCGACCAGCUGGACCUGCUUCUACGGCAGGUCAGCGAGGGCAUGGACGGCAGCUCUGAUUGGCCACCGCCACAGGAGAAAGAAUGCAUGGUUGUGACUGCUCUCAACCUGCUCAGACUACAGCUCCAUGCAGCCAUCAGUAACCAGGUGGAUCCUGAGGAGCUGGGUCUGGGCCUGGGCAGUGGGCUGCUUAAUAACCUCAAGCAGACGGUGGUGACACUGGCCAGCAACGCUGGGGUGCUAAACACUGUGCAGGCGGCCGCCCAGGCCGUGCUUCAGAGUGGCUGGUCAGUGUUACUGCCCACUGCGGAGGAAAGAGCAAGAGCCCUGUCCUCACUGCUGCCCAAUGCAGCAUCUGCUAAUGAGAUGGGUGUAAGUCCUGGCCGUCGCUUCAUGAUCGACCUCUUGGUUAGUAGUCUGAUGGCGGAUGGAGGGCUGGAGUCCGCUUUGAACGCUGCCAUCACAGCCGAGAUCCAGGAUAUUGAGGCAAAGAAGGAGGCACAGAAAGAGAAGGAGAUCGAUGAGCAGGAAGCCAGUGCUUCCUCGCUGCAUCGGUGUCGCACCACACUGGACAAAGACCUGAUCAACACCGGCAUCUAUGAGUCUGCCAACAAACAGAGCCUCCCAUUGGUCCAGCUGGUCCAACAGUUGCUCAGGAACAUUGCUUCGCAGACUAUAGCUCGUCUUAAGGAUGUGGCGCGACGCAUCUCAAACUGCCAAGACACGGAGCAGGUCAGCAAGGAGCGCUCGGCCUCUCUGGACCUACUGCUGCGCUUUCAGAGGCUGUUGGUCUGCAAGUUGUACGUUGGUGUCAAUGGCACUGUGGGUGUGGGAGGAUACACUUUGAGUCACUCAGAGAUUCUGGGAGUAGGAUCUCUUUUGAAGAAGUACAUGGCUUUGCUGUGCACACACAUUGGGGAUAUCCUUCCUGUGGCCACCAGCAUCGCCCUCAUCAGCCAUCGUCACUUUGCAGAGGUGGCACGUGUCCUUGAGGGAGAUCUCACGGGUGUUUUGCUACCAGAGUUGAUCGUGUCCAUUGUGCUGCUGCUGACCCAUGAUGCUGGCCUGAUGCAGGAGACUGGAUCCAUUCCUCUGCUCGCUGCUCUAUUGGAGCACCUGGACCGUUUUAACCAUCUCGCCCCUGGUACAGAGAGAGAUGAUAACGAGGAUCUUGCAUGGCCUGGGCUCAUGGGUUUCUUUUUCAAUGGGCCGAGCUCAAAGAACAACGAGGAAGUGUCACUUAUCCGCAAAGCUGACCUGGAGAAUCAUAAUAAAGAUGGUGGCUUCUGGACUGUCAUUGAUGGGAAGGUCUAUGAUAUUAAAGACUUCCAGGCUCAGACCCUAACCGGCAACAGCAUCCUCGCCCAGUUUGCUGGAGACGAUCCUGUGGUAGCUUUAGAGGCCGCUCUUCAGUUUGAAGACACCAGAGAGUCCAUGCAAGCUUUCUGUGUGGGCCAGUACAUGGAGCCCAACCAAGAAAUGGUGACAACGCCUGACCUGAGCAGUCUGUCCUCACCUCUUAUAGAUGCUGAGAGGAACCUGGGUCUGCUGCUGGGGCUACAUGCCUCGUAUCUGGCCAUGAGCACCCCUCUCUCCCGCAUAGAGUUAGAAUGUGCCAAAUGGCUCCAGUCAUCCAUUUUCUUCGGUGGUCUUCAGACGAGUCAGAUCCACUAUAAUUAUAAUGAAGAGAAGGAUGAGGACCACUGCAGCUCUCCAGGGACCACCACUCCAGACAAAGCCAAACUCUACUGCCGCAGAAUCACUCUGAGUGAUCACGCCCAGCCCUUUCUGCAAGCCAUCGCUGACAACACCACCCAGGACCACACUGUGAAGGACUUUUUAUGCCAAAUCGAGCGGUGCUGUAAACAGUAUCAUCUCAUCACUCCCAUCACUUUUCCACCGGAACAUCCUGUCGAGGAAGUGGGCCGCCUGCUGCUCUGUUGCCUUCUCAAGCACCAGGACCUUGGUCAUGUUGCCCUCUCUCUUGUUGAUCAAUAUGCCUUGGGUGUAGACCAGGGGAAACAGAGGUCCCUCCCCAAAUCUGUGAUUGAUGUGUGUCGAAUGGUGUACCAGGCCAAGUGUUCUCUGAUAAAAACACACCAGGAGCAGGGCCGCUCUUAUAAAGAGGUGUGCGCCCCAGUGAUCGAGAGGCUGCGAUUUCUGUUUAAUGAGCUCAGGCCUGCCGUCAGUAAUGACCUGUCCAUUGUGUCCAAACUGAAGCUGCUGAGCUCUCAGCCUCGCUGGAAGAGGAUCACACAGAAACUGAUCAGAGACCGCCGCAAAAAGAGGGUGCCUAAGAAGUCAGAGUCAGCUGAUCUGGAGGAGUGUAAGAGUGAGAGGGAAGGGACCAAUGAGGAGCCGCCUGCUCCUAUCAACCCCACCCCUGUGGACAAGAAACAAACGGUCAAAUCUGCAAAGCAGGAUAAGUGGCAGCCUCUGCUAAACACCAUAGGCAGCGUUCAGAAGUACCGCUGGUUAAGGCACAGCGUUCAGGGCUCCUUCUCUCAGUCCAGCCUCAUGAGCACCAUCGUUGAGUUUGCUCUGAAAGAGGAGCCACUGGACGUGGAGAAGAUGAGGAAAUGCCUCCUUAAACAGCUGGAGCGAGCUGAGGUCCGGCUGGAGGGAAUAGACACUAUGCUUAAGCUGGCAUCCAAAAACUUCCUCCUGCCUUCCGUACAGUACGCCAUGCUCUGUGGCUGGCAGAGGGUCAUACCUGAAGGGACCAAUAUUGGGGAGCCUCUGGCUGACUGUCUAAAGGACGUAGAUCUCAUUCCUCCAUUUAACCGAAUGCUGCUGGAGGUGACGUUCGGUAAGCUCUAUGCUUGGGCCAUCCAGAACAUCCGCAACAUCUUGUUGGAGGCCAGUGUCAAGUUCAAGGAGCUGGGUGUGCAGCCAGUGCCUCUGCAGACCAUCACUAAUGAGAACCCAGCAGGCCCCAGUCUGGGUACCAUCCCUCAGGCACGCUUCCUGCUGGCCAUGCUCCAUAUGCUCACUCUCAAACACGGAGCUAACAGUCUCAGCCUCCUGCUGAACUCCGGCACCCUCGCCCUCACCCAGAGUGUUCUCCGACUCAUUGGUCCCAGCUCUGACAGCAGUGAGGAGGAGCUGAGCUCUGUAGCUCAUGGAGACUCUGCUACAGUUCUCGAGGAGUCCAGGAAGGAGACGACCCCCACCCCUCUCCCCGCCUCCGGCCCCGAGUUGGCAGCUAUGAUGAAGAUCGGCACGAGGGUGAUGAGAGGACCUGACUGGAAGUGGGGAGACCAGGAUGGCCCACCUCCAGGCCUAGGGCGUGUGAUUGGGGAGUUAGGAGAAGAUGGCUGGAUUCGUGUCCAGUGGGAUACCAGCAGCACCAAUUCCUACAGGAUGGGCAAAGAGGGCAAGUAUGACCUUAAACUGGCCGAGCCGCCUCCUGCCACCCAACCUGCCACAGAAGACUCUGACACAGAGGACGACACAGAAGGGGAGGUGAUGGAGAAGAGUGUUCACCCUACUGCGAUCAUGUUGACCAGUACAGUUAAUCUGUUGAAGACACUGUCACUAUCCUCUGGGAUUUAUGCUGAGGUGAUGCAGGUCGAUGCCAUUAGCACUCUGUGUGGUCAACUUAGGAUACUGGUGGAGAGUGGAGCCAAUGACAAGACUGGUUGUUCGUCUCACAAGCUGGUGUCCCUUGAGCAGCACAGGAGCUGGUGCACGCUUGGAUUUAUUCGCAGUAUAGCUCUCAUGCCCCAGAUGUGCAGUACCUUGAGCUCCUCUGCCUGGAUAAAUCUGCUCAUACGCAUCGUGGAAGGCCACCAGUCCUUCACUGCAGUCACACUACAAAGACAGAUUCUUGCCCUACGGCUUCUACAGGCAGUAUUACCAUCCUGGGAUAAGACAGAGCGCUCACAGGAUAUGAAGUUUCUGGUGGAGAAACUCUUUGGGUUCCUCGGAAGCCUGCUCAGCACUUGUUCCUCAGAUCUGCCCCUUCUCAGGGAAUGUUCGAUGCGCAGGAGGAAGUCCCGCCCUCAAGCCUCUCUGACAGCCACUCACAGCAGUACCCUAGCAGAGGAAAUAGUGGCCUUACUGCGUAUACUUCAUUCCCUUGGCCAAUGGAAUGGCCUAAUAAAUGAAUACAUUAACUCACAGCUCAGUGGUAUCAGUGACGUCAUGGCAGGCAGACACACUGAAGCGGCUGUGCUUGAAGACUACCUCCCCAAUGCAGAAGCCCCUGCUGUGGGCAGCCUGAUGGCUGUUUUGGCAGUCAUUGGUGGGAUUGAUGGCCGCCUGCGCCUGGGUGGACCUGUUGUUCAUGAGGAAUAUGGGGAGGGCACUGUGACUCGCAUCACACCUAAAGGACGAAUCACUGUUCAGUUCCACGAAAUGAGGAACUGCAAAGUCUGCCUUCUCAGUCAGCUCAAGCCGAUUCACAUGGUUCCAUUCAGUGUUCAAAACCUGCCCUUCAGUGAGCCCAUGCUGACUGUGUGGGCGAAACUAGUCAACUUGGCUGGAAGCAAGCUGGAAAAACAACGCAUGAAGAAAUCCCUUAGCAGAGGACUUACAGCUGAUCAGGUGGAUGUGCAUUUGCUGCGGUGUCAGCAGCUCAGGCUGUACAUCCUGAAGGCAGCACGGGCUCUGCUCUCCCACCAGGACAAACUCCGACAGAUCCUUUCUCAGCCAGCCGUCAUAGACGUCAGCCCCAAUCCUACAGAGGAUCAGUGUGUGUCGUCUCCUGAUGUGGGAGAGUUGUCUCCUGAGGGUCCUCAGCCUCCCCUCAUCCUCCUGCAGCAGCUGCUGUCAGCAUCCACUCAACCUUCUCCCAUCAAAGCCAUAUUCCACCGCCAGGAGCUAGAGGCAGCAGCUCUGGCUGUGUGUCAGUACCUGGCGGUUGAAUCCACACACCCAUCCUCCCCUCUGUUUGAGGACAGUAGCUCUAGUGAGGCCACAACACCGGUCACUGUGCAGCAUAUGCGCCCACCCAAGCAGAAGAAACACAAGACCUCACCUGUGCCCCCUGCUCCCAUCGUCCUGCAGCUGAUGGAGAUGGGCUUUCAGAGGAAAAACAUUGAGUUUGCCCUUAAAUCACUUUCUGGAACCACAGGCGCUUCUGGAGUGCCAGGUGUAGAGGCAUUGGUGGGCUGGUUGUUGGACCAUCCAGAUGUUCACAUUACAGAUCUGUCAGAUGCAGAUACUGUAUCAGAUGAAUACUCUGAUGAAGAGGUGCUGGAAGAGCUAGAGGAGCCUGAGCCAGCUUUCCCUGUGCCGCCUGGGGUUGUGGUAACUGAGAGUCAGACGUUUAAAAAGAGGUUGGAUUUUCAGAGCAACGAUGAUUACGCUGUAUAUGUGAGAGAGAACAUUCAGGUGGGCAUGAUGGUGCGUUGCUGCAGGACGUAUGAGGAAGUAUAUGAGGGAGAUGUGGGUAAAGUGAUAAAGCUGGACAGAGACGGCCUACAUGAUCUGAAUGUGCAGUGUGACUGGCAGCAAAAAGGAGGAACUUACUGGGUCCGUUACAUCCACACUGAGCUGUUGGGAUUUCCUCCUCAGAGUUCUCCGUCUCAUAUAAAGAUUGGUGAUAAAGUGCGAGUUAAGCCCUCGGUCACAACGCCAAAGUAUAAGUGGGGAUCUGUCACUCACAGGAGUGUGGGUGUGGUCAAAGCCUUCAGUGCCAAUGGGAAGGAUGUGAUAGUGGACUUUCCUCAGCAGUCACACUGGACUGGACUGCUGUCAGAGAUGGAGCUUGUGCCCAGCAUACAUCCUGGUGUCAGGUGUGACGGAUGUCAGAUGUUCCCUAUAAAUGGCCCCAGGUUUAAGUGUCGGAGCUGUGAUGACUUUGACUUUUGUGAGAGCUGCUUCAAGACCCGUAAACACAACCCUAGACAUUCAUUCGGACGAAUAAAUGAACCAGGUCAGUCACCCACCUUCAGUGGGCGCUCAGGAAAGCAGCUGAAGAGACAUCACAGCAGUCAGCGUGGGAUGCUGAUUGACGAGUGGUCCAGGGUGGUGAAGAACCUCAGCGUGUCGUCCUCUGUUAACCAGGCGUCGAGGCUCAUAGACUCUGGAGAGCAGUGCUGGCAGUCCUCAGGCUCUCAGGGCAAGCACUGGAUCAGGUUGGAGCUAUUCCCAGAUAUCUUGGUCCACAGACUGAAAAUGAUUGUAGAUCCAGCUGACAGCAGCUACAUGCCUUCACUGGUGGUGGUGUCAGGUGGAAGCUCGCUCAAUAACUUGAUCGAGCUGAAGACCAUCAACAUCAAUCCCACAGACACCGCGGUCUCACUACUCAAUGACUGCACAGAUUAUCACAGGUACAUCGAGAUUGCCAUAAAACAGUGCCGGAGCUCAGGGAUUGACUGUAAGAUCCAUGGUUUGAGCAUUGUGGGUCGAGUCCGUGCAGAGGAUGAAGAUCUGGCUACUGUGCCUUUCCUGGCAUCUGACAAUGAGGAAGAGGAGGAUGAGAAGACAGCGACUGGAAGUCUGACUCGAAAGAGGUUGUCAGGGCUGGAGUCUGCUGCCACCAUCAGAACUAAAGUCUUUGUCUGGGGUCUCAACGAUAAGGACCAGCUUGGAGGACUUAAGGGGUCCAAGAUCAAAGUCCCAUCAUUCUCAGAGACGCUGUCUGCUCUGAAUGUAGUGCAGGUUGCUGGAGGCUCUAAAAGUCUUUUUGCUGUGACUGCUGAAGGUAAAGUAUAUGCCUGUGGAGAGGCCACUAACGGAAGACUUGGUUUAGGACUGUCCAGUGGAACCAUCCCUAUACCAAGACAGAUAUCUGCCCUCAGCAACUAUGUGGUCAAAAAGGUUGCUGUACAUUCAGGUGGAAGGCAUGCCAUGGCGUUGACUGUGGAUGGGAAAGUGUUCUCUUGGGGUGAAGGAGAUGAUGGCAAGCUUGGGCACUUCAGCCGAAUGAACUGUGAUAAGCCACGGCUAAUUGAGGCAUUGAAAACCAAGCGCAUCCGAGACAUCGCCUGUGGCAGCUCUCACAGUGCUGCCAUCACCUCCAGUGGAGAAUUGUACAGCUGGGGUCUGGGUGAAUAUGGCCGCCUGGGCCACGGGGACAACACCACUCAGCUCAGACCCAAACUGGUCAAGGUGCUUUUAGGGCAUCGUGUUGUCCAGGUGGCUUGUGGAAGUCGAGAUGCCCAGACUCUUGCCCUGACAGAUGAAGGAAUGGUGUUCUCAUGGGGAGAUGGAGACUUUGGGAAGCUGGGCCGUGGCGGCAGUGAAGGCUGUAACAUUCCUCAGAACAUUGAGCGUCUGAAUGGGCAGGGAGUGUGUCAGAUCGAAUGUGGAGCUCAAUUCUCCCUCGCCCUCACCAAAUCUGGAGUUGUGUGGACCUGGGGUAAGGGCGAUUACUUCAGACUGGGUCACGGCACAGAUGUUCACGUGCGCAAACCCCAGAUGGUUGAAGGACUGAGGGGGAAGAAGAUUGUUCAUGUCGCUGUAGGGGCUCUGCACUGCUUGGCUGUCACAGACACUGGACAGGUGUACGCGUGGGGGGAUAAUGACCAUGGGCAGCAGGGGAACGGCACAACCACGGUCAACAGGAAGCCUACGCUGGUGCAGGGUCUAGAGGGGCAAAAAAUUACCCGUGUGGCCUGCGGCUCCUCUCACAGCGUGGCCUGGACCACCGUAGAUGUCACCACACCCUCCGUCCAUGAGCCGGUCCUCUUCCAGACUGCCAGGGACUCUCUUGGAGCCUCUUAUCUUGGUGUGCCAUCAGACAGUGACCCAUCUUUACUGAGUAAUAAGCUGAAUGGUGUAAGCAGUGUGAAGCCCAAUAGGCCAUCUCUGGCAAAGAUCCUGCUCUCUCUGGAUGGUAAUCUGGCCAAACAGCAGGCCCUUUCCCAUGUGCUCUCAUCCCUGCAGAUCAUGUAUGCCAGGGAUGCAGUGGUGGGAGCAUUGAUGCCUGCCUGUAUGAUUCCAUUGGAAUGUCCCUCCAGCUCUCCGGUGCCACCCUCAGAUUGUUCAUCAGCUUCCAGCCCCUGUGAGGCUGAGGGUCCAGCCCUGCUCUCAGAGACUGAGGAGAGGGUCAGUCCGCACCCCUGGAUGGACAGCAAACGAGGAGAGGUGACCACAUCUGAGGAUGCCACUACCCCGUCUUCAGCGGUGACCCCUGCCUCUGCCUCAUCUCGGCCCUUCAUCCCGGUCACAGAUGACCCUGGUGCUGCCAGCAUCAUUGCUGAGACUAUGACCAAAACCAAGGAGGACUCUGAGAGUCAGAGUAAAGCAGUGGGCCCAGAGCCACAAUAUCUGGAUGAGUUCACCGGUCUGCUGGUUCCCGAUGACACACGUGUGAUGGUGGACCUGUUGAAACUGGCCGUGUCUCUGCGCUCAGGUGAUAAAGGCAAGGAAGUGCUGUCUGCUGUGCUAUCUGGCAUGGGUGCAGCCUUCACACAGGUGGCAGAUAUGUUGCUGGAACUGUGUGUGACUGAGUUAGAAGAUGUGGCUACAGACUCUCAAAGUGGACGACUGUCCUCGCAGCCUGUGGUGGUGGAGAGCAGUCACCCGUACACUGACGACACUUCCACCAGUGGAACUGUGAAAAUACCAGGUGCUGAAGGUUUGAGGGUAGAGUUUGAUCGCCAGUGUUCAACAGAAAGGAGACAUGACCCACUUACCAUCAUGGACGGAGCCAAUAGGAUUGUGUCUGUUCGAUCAGGCCGUGAGUGGUCCGAUUGGUCCAGUGAAUUGAGGAUUCCAGGAGAUGAGCUCAAAUGGAAGUUCACUAGUGACGGCUCUGUUAAUGGCUGGGGCUGGCGCUUCACUGUCUAUCCCAUCAUGCCGGCUGCUGGUCCUAAAGACCUCCUAUCAGACCGUUGCAUUCUGUCUUGCCCUUCGAUGGAUCUAGUAACAUGUCUGCUAGACUUUCGCCUGAACUUUGCUUCAAAUCGCAGCAUCGUGCCGAGGUUGGCAGCUUCACUUGCUGCUUGUGCCCAGCUCAGCGCAUUGGCGGCUGGUCAUCGUAUGUGGGCCCUGCAGAGACUACGCAAGCUCCUUACCACCGAAUAUGGACAGUCCAUAAACAUCAAUCGCCUCUUAGGAGAUAACGAAGGAGAAGCUCGCUCUAUGAGUUUUACAGGAAGUGCAUUAGCUGCUCUGGUGAAAGGACUUCCUGAGGCUUUACAGAGACAGUAUGAGUAUGAGGAACCUAUAGUCCGGGGUGGGAAACAGCUACUCCACAGCCCGUUCUUCAAGGUGUUGGUGGCACUUGCAUGUGAUCUGGAGUUGGACACUCUUCCAUGCUGCGCUGAGACACACAAGUGGGCGUGGUUCCGCCGCUAUUGCACCGCCUCCCGAGUGGCAGUGGCUCUGGACAAGAGGACCCCUUUGCCCCGCCCUUUCCUGGAUGAGGUGGCAAAGAAAGUCCGUGAGCUGAUGGCAGACCAUGAGAACAUGAACACGCUCCAUGAGAGUCAUGACCUGUUUAAAAGAGAGCAGGAUGAGCAGUUAGUUCAGUGGAUGAACAGACGGCCAGAUGAUUGGACACUCUCAGCGGGUGGCAGUGGGACCAUCUAUGGCUGGGGACACAAUCACAGGGGUCAGUUAGGUGGUAUUGAAGGGGCAAAAGUCAAGGUUCCCACACCAACAGAAGCUCUUGCAACACUGCGACCUGUUCAGCUGAUCGGUGGAGAGCAGACCUUGUUUGCGGUCACUGCUGAUGGGAAACUGUAUGCUACAGGAUAUGGUGCCGGCGGUCGGCUGGGAAUAGGGGGCACAGAGUCCGUCUCCACUCCGACCCUGCUGGAGUCAAUCCAGCAUGUUUUCAUCCGGAAGGUGGCUGUGAACUCUGGGGGCAAGCACUGUUUGGCUCUCUCCUCUGAAGGAGAACUGUACUCCUGGGGAGAGGCUGAAGAUGGGAAACUGGGUCAUGGAAACAGAAGCCCUUGUGACCGUCCACGCGUGAUUGAGUCUCUCAGAGGUGUGGAAGUGGUGGACAUUGCGGCUGGUGGGGCUCAUAGUGCCUGCAUCACAGCCAGCGGAGAGCUCUACACAUGGGGAAAAGGGCGUUAUGGUCGCCUGGGUCAUGGAGACAGUGAAGACCAGCUUAAACCAAAACUGGUGGAGGCUCUGCAGGGUCACCGGGUGAUAGACGUUGCAUGUGGCAGCGGGGACGCCCAGACUCUGUGUCUGACUGAUGAUGACAUGGUGUGGUCAUGGGGGGACGGAGACUAUGGCAAAUUGGGCCGAGGAGGUAGUGACGGAUGUAAAGUGCCUAUGAAGAUUGACUCAUUAACUGGGUUGGGUGUUGUGAAAGUGGAAUGCGGCUCUCAGUUCUCUGUGGCUCUCACCAAGUCUGGAGCAGUUUACACAUGGGGGAAGGGUGAUUACCACAGGCUGGGGCACGGCUCGGAUGAUCAUGUUCGCAGACCCCGGCAGGUCCAGGGUUUGCAAGGCAAGAAGGUCAUCGCCAUAGCAACUGGUUCUCUUCACUGUGUAUGCUGCACAGAGGAUGGGGAAGUGUACACAUGGGGUGACAAUGAUGAGGGUCAGCUCGGCGAUGGGACCACCAAUGCUAUUCAGCGGCCUAGGCUGGUGGCAGCACUGCAGGGCAAGAAGAUCAACCGCGUGGCUUGUGGCUCAGCACACACACUUGCCUGGUCCACUAGUAAACCUACCAAUGCUGGAAAACUGCCUGCUCAGGUUCCUAUGGAGUACAACCACUUGCAGGAGAUUGCCAUCAUAGGCCUGAGGAACCGAUUACUGCUACUUCACCACAUCUCAGAGCUCUUCUGCCCCUGCAUCCCAAUGUUUGACCUGGAAGGACGACUGGGCGAGACUGGACACGGUGUCUCCGUUGGCUUUGACACACUCCGUGGAAUCCUCAUAUCACAGGGCAAGGAGGCAGCAUUCCGUAAGGUGGUGCAGGCCACCAUGGUUAGAGACCGACAGCAUGGCCCAGUGGUGGAGCUGAACAGGAUACAGGUCAAGCGUUCCCGCAGUAAAGGAGGACUGGCAGGGCCAGAUGGCACCAAGUCAGUGUUUGGGCAAAUGUGUGCUAAGAUGAGCUCUUUCAGCCCCGACAGUCUGUUGCUGCCACACCGUGUCUGGAAGGUCAAGUUUGUGGGCGAGUCGGUCGAUGACUGUGGUGGUGGAUACAGUGAAUCUAUUGCUGAAAUGUGUGAGGAACUACAGAACGGUCUCACUCCUCUCCUCAUCGUCACUCCUAACGGGCGAGACGAGUCGGGAGCAAACAGAGAUUGCUUCCUGCUCAACCCAGCUGCCAAGUCCCCUCUGCACAUCAGCAUGUUCCGCUUCCUAGGGGUGCUCCUGGGCAUAGCAAUCCGUACAGGAAGUCCUCUAAGUCUGUACCUGGCUGAACCUGUGUGGAAACAGCUGGCAGGCAUGAACCUGACCAUUGCUGAUCUCAGUGAGGUGGACAAGGACUUCAUCCCCGGUCUGAUGUAUAUCCGAGAUAACGAGGCAUCUGCGGAGGAGUUUGAGGCUAUGCCCCUGCCCUUCACUGUGCCCAGUGCCUGUGGACAGGAAGUCCAACUCAGCUCCAAAUAUUCCCACAUCACCUUAGAGAACCGAAGCGAAUAUGUACGGCUAGCAAUAAACUACAGGCUGCAUGAGUACGAUGAGCAGGUGUCGGCAGUAAGGGAAGGUAUGGCACGUGUGGUACCGGUGCCUCUCCUCUCUCUCUUUACCGGCUAUGAGCUGGAGACCAUGGUGUGUGGUAGCCCGGACAUCCCCCUGCACCUGCUCAAAUCUGUGGCCACGUAUAAGGGGGUGGAGCCCACUUCGCCUCUGAUCCAGUGGUUCUGGGAGGUGAUGGAGUCUUUCUCUAACACAGAACGCUCGCUCUUCCUCAGGUUCGUCUGGGGUCGCACGCGCCUCCCCAGGACCAUUGCGGACUUCCGUGGACGAGACUUUGUGGUGCAGGUUCUGGAUAAAUACAACCCACCUGACCAUUUUCUCCCUGAGUCCUACACCUGCUUCUUCCUGCUCAAGCUGCCACGCUACUCCUGUAAGCUAGUCUUGGAGGAGAAACUCAAAUACGCCAUUCACUUCUGCAAGUCCAUUGACACGGAUGACUACGCACGGAUUGCUUUGAGCGGUGAACCCGCCGCUGAUGACAGCAGUGACGACUCUGACAAUGAGGAUGCGGACUCGUUUGCUUCCGACUCCACACAGGAUUACCUGACAGGACACUGAACUCUUAACCCCUGGUUAAACUGUCUCACAAACACACAUACACACAAACACACACACACAGACAUAUGGUGUGGUCUUGAAAAUAAGCUGACAAGAAGAAAAAGUUUAAAUGAAAACUGAACCGAAGAUGUUUGUUUUAACCUCACUUAUUAAUAUGUGCAUAGACACAAAUACAACUAAAUGAAGAGAAAUAUGUGUAUAUCAUUAUGUGCAAUUCGCUUUAAAGCACUAUAAGCUGGUGAAAAGCAAGAUAGAGAUUUUUUUUAAUCUUUGUUGUGAAGAGAACCAGGAAGACCGGAGAAACUACACAUCUCUUUGUGUUAAAUGUUGUGCUCAUGUUUUCUUACAGAGGACAGACCGCUUAGCCUAGCACUGAGGUAGACGACUCCUGACAGGCGUCUCUGUGAAGAUCUUCACAUCAAUUUUGUGUUAAAUAGCUAGUAUUAUGAAUUUUAGCUUCGCCUCUUUAUUUGGAAACAGCAGUGUUUCUUUAAGAACCUUUUUAACUUGGAGCAGGACAUUUUGUGUUCUCAUUUGAUCAGUGGAAGCCUGAUCAGGGGUUGUUUUUAGUUUGUUGGUCACUGUAUCCUCUCCUCCCAUAUGUGUCUGCACUGUUCUCCUUAUUGAAUGUAUAUAAUUUAAUUGUGCCAUGUGUUUAUGAGAAAUCUCAUUCCCAUGUUAUAAAUAAAUGGUAAUUUCUGUUAAUAAAUUUAAACUAAA